CAAUACAACAGAGCUAUAGGAUCUGUAAUAGAGAAUAACAAUGUCUCUGCGGGUGGUGUGAUUGGCACCAGUUCCCGAGUUUCGUCUGCGUUUGAAGGAGCCGGGGGGGGGGAUGCCCGUCUUGCAGCUGCAUGAAUGGGGGACCGAAGGUAUCGAGUCGGCGGUGGCGGUGGCGGCUGCGGAAACCGAGGGACACACGCCGGUCGAAAGUACUGCUGCACUGUACGUAGUCAACUUGAUCGACUGCCAUUUCCAUAACAACAUCAACUUGAGCGGGGGCUGUGGCGUGUUUAAUUCGAACGGAUCGGUCUUUAUCGAGAAGUGUGCUUUCAGCCAGAAUUACGCGCUGCUGGGUGAAGGCGGUGGAGGGUGUGGUGGGGUUGUUAUGGUUGCAGAUACGACCUUCACCGAGAACUAUGCCAGAGAUGGCGGGGGCGGCUUCCUGGCCAUCAAGGAGGCGAGUGUAGUCAAUACAAGCUUCGAAUGCAAUUUUGUGGAUACCGUCGGCGCUGGGUUUAAACUCAGGGGAACAAAAUUCAGUAUAGAGGAUAGCACGUUUGAAAACAACAUCGGCAGUGUGCCUCGAGACGCCAACUGCUGGGACUUCGAGGCCGGGAAGGGUGUGAUCUGUAUCAGCCGAUAUCUGCAAGACAGAUCGGACAAACGGUCCUACUCUAGAUACGCGCCUUGCAAGAAGUGUGCGUAUGUUAUGUCCAGGUGUCAGCUGGAUGGGGAGUCUUCGCCAUACUCCGCCUGUGUCGAUGAUGAUUCGGAACCCGGUGGCUUCCAAUGCGCCUGUGAUUUGCCGGAAGCAGUAGACGGAUCAACCACCACUUACUAUACCCAAGCCCUGACCGGUCGCUGUGCAAAGUGUAGUGAAUGUGGAGAAGGUGAGGUAGUACGACCUUGCAGAAGUACUCAGGACACAAUCUGUAAAUGUUCUGCUGGGAAAACCGGGAAUCUCUGCAUACAGG